GAUGUAACCUAUGUUUUUUUUUCAUUUUCCCGUUUCUUUGAGACCGAGGCAGGGGAUGUUGAGUAUGUAGCAAAAAGUUUAGCAAAUCUACCUUCAUUUUUACAAACUAAAUUCCAUGAUGGCGAGGAAAUGGUCGGUCACAGACAUUAUUUCCAGAUUGCGUUUGGUUUAUUUAUGGAGAAGAAGUUUUUAUCAGAAACAAUCAAGAAAGAUUCCAGUUACGUCUUCCCGGGUUUCUGUACUGGUUGUAGACGGAGUGGACUGUGUUACGGCUGUGAAAGAAGCGCUUUACCACAUACUCAUCGGGAUUAUCAAUCCAGAACUGGAGGGGGGUUUACUUAUUGGAAACAUGACAGAGCUGAAUCAGAGAUUAGUGGGAAUAAUCCAAAGAACUGGAGACUUCACACUACGUCAAGUUCAGGAGAUGCUAUUUCUAGAACUAAGUCGGCUGCUACCGCUGGUUCUUCAGUCGAGGUAUAUUUUGUUGAUGGCAAGAAGAGAUUAGUGUUAGGUAAUGACGGCGGGGUACCAUUAGAUGAUCAAACUAUUGAAGAACUAUGCACCAUGAAAAUAUGGGAUAAUAUUAUCGAUUCUGAUUGUGAUCACGUGUUGUAUCAAGAUGAAUCUGGAGUAGAGAUAUUGAUCCACAAGAAUAACCUCCAGCAGAUACUAGCCUUGAUGCCACUGAAUCACCCUGAUAGACAAAAGAUAUUGAAUUUAUUAGACACAGAGUCACAAUCAUCAAAGAGGUUGUCAAUAACAUUGGAUGUGGCUAGCAGAAUGGGUACUAUGACACCAUCAUCACUCGGUGGAAUGUCAGAUGAAAAAGGCCAUUUGAUGGAUUUUAUAGAAACAUUAGAAAGAAGAAGAAGUUCAAGUAUAGAUUCUAAAAAUGAAGGGUCAUCCGCAUCAAGAAAGGAUUCUCUUUAUAAAGCUCCAAAAGCUUUUAAAUUAAAAGCGAGAGAAAGAAAACAGCUGAUAGCUCAAUCCCCUUUCUCCACGAACAGACAGUAUGAUAUACCUAAAGGUCCCGGGUUCAACAUUCAAAAGAGUACAAAAGAAUUAACACAAUUUGUCAAUGUUAAAAAAAGAGAUGGAAACUGGGAGGAACCAGAGAAAUUUGAAUUACAAAAGUAUGAAAGGGAAAAUGCCGAUUUUAUUAGAAGACAAAAAAAUGGGGAUAACACGAGAAACAUGAAUGGUCAUCACGAUGAUGAAGAAGUAGACAGAGAUAGACAUAAUAGAGUGUUAAACAGAUUAGAUGCACCACUGUCUCCUGAUUCGGGUCUGGACAGCGAAUUCAUGGCAGAUUCAGUUAAGGGGCAGACAGUUGAUAGUGACGGAGAUGAUAUUACAAAAAUGAAAUCUUUAGACGAUGCCGAGAGAGAAAAUGGAUACUUUUCUACUAGAACAGGUAUUUCCGAUGGUUAUUCAGAUUUUGGGAGAAAGAUUGAUGAUCACAAAAGAGUGAAAUCAGGCAGAGAAGAAACAGGUGGGAGCUUAAAUGGAGAGACAGAUGUAAUGUCCAGAAAGGAACGAAAGAAGAGAGAUAUUAUUAAAAAGACAAGACAAGUUGAAGGAUCUCCAUUUUCAAGGUCUCCCACCAAAUCUUUACCCACGGAUGACGAAAGAGAACUGAGUUUUGUUUUUGAGAAACGAAAAGAUUCCGAUACUGGUAUUAAAGAUGUCCUGGGUUUACCGUCACCCCAUGUUACUAUGACGACACCCGAUUUACCACAAUUAGAACAAAGGAGACAAGAAGAAUCCAAGAAAAAGAAUGUAAAGUAUAGGGUUAAAGCGCCACCUGUGAUGAAGCAGCCACCAGAUCCUCCUAAAAUACGUAAUCCCCCACCUAAAAUUAGAACACUGUAAGUAACAUCAUCGUUUGAGUCGACCGAGACACAAUGUCUUUGUGUCAGUUUAGUUUU